UUGUCAUGGGCGCAGGCAAACAGACGGAAGACAGCAUGGGAAUGGGAUGCAAUCCUGUUGUCAGAUGAGUGUUACAUCCACUUGAAUGGGACUGCAGGCCAUGUUUGGGUGACAAGGACAGUGAAUGAGGUCUACAAUGAGGCAUGCUUGGUACCGGCCUUCAAACAGUUGCCUGUGCGUGUCAUGGUUUGGAGUUGCAUUGCGCAUGACUGGAAAGGGCCUCUUGUCAUCCUCAACUAUCCUGGUGGGAAGGGUGGUGGAAUGUCUGCAGAGCGCUACCAAAAACAGGUUCUGCGGACACAUGUUGUCAAGGCCAUGAAAGAUCUUUGUCACCAUUGCGCUCGCAAGAUCAAGAUUCAGUACCAACAGGAUAGUGCAUUCUGUCACACAGCUGAGUCAACCAUCAAGUGGCUUGAGAACUAUAAAAUCCCCCUUGUCCCCCAUCGUGCAUGCUCACCCAAUGUCUCCCCCAUUGAGCCUGUCUGGCAUGAGCUCAAGAAGCACAUCUGUGCCUGA